UGGUUUUGACAAUACGUAUGAACCGAUUUCUUAUUUACAGAAAUGGCUCUUUCCAAUAUUACGAAAUCUGGAUUUAGUAAAAUAACCACGAUAUUCAAGGCACAAUUAAGACCCAUCAGCGUGUCGAGUGUCAACAAACUCAAAGAAAUCAAAAAAACUAUUCAAAAGGAUUCGCUGAUUCUAAGUGCCGAUUAUGUUGCUUCUCCAAGAACCAAUCAGUUGAUUGAACACACAGCAAAGCCAAGAUGUGAUGGCCAGUUAUUCUGCCCCCAAUGUACACUGGGUCUUGACAUCAAACAUACAGAUGUGCUUAUUUUAAGCCAAUAUCUUCGCAACGACGGAUGUAUGCUCCCACGUCGUAUAACCGGAUUAUGUAAGCGGCAGCAGCGGAAGAUUGGUACACUAGUAACUAUGGCCCAAAAAGCUGGUUUGAUGCCUAAUUUUAACCCAUUUUGGAGUAAAAACGACCCGAAACAACGAUACCAAUGGAAGAAAUAUAAUAAGUAUUUCGAUGAAGGUACAAUAAAAUAUUAAUGUUUAAUGUUGAAAUACAAAAUUUGAGAAUAUACGGCGAAAAUAUUUUA